GGUACCUUGAGUGGAAUCUUCUUUUACUUAACAUCCAGUCUCUUAAAAAGCCAAUGGCCAAACUCUCUUUGGGCUCCACAUUUUCUAUCUUCCAUUCCCGCCACAUCCGUCCUCCACUCGCCGGCUGCCACGUCACCGAAAUGACAGUGGCCGAUCACCACCCAUCGUUGGAGGUCGUAGGCGGAGCACGUGAUCGCUUCCUCCCAUCUCUCCACACCAACCUCCGCCUACCCUACAACCCUUUCCCCCUCAUCGCCUGGAACCGUCACGUCGAGACCAUCUUCGCCUCCUUCUUCCGCUCUAUUCCCCAAGUCAGAUUACGACGGGAGUGCCUCCGAGUCAAAGACGGUGGCUCCGUUGCCCUCGAUUGGAUCUCCGGCGACCACCGCCGACUUCCUCCUGAUUCUCCCGUCCUCAUUUUACUCCCGGGUUUGACUGGAGGAAGCCAGGAUUCAUACGUAAGACAUAUGUUAACUAAAGCAAACGGUAAAGGGUGGCGCGUUGUGGUUUUCAAUAGCCGAGGUUGUGGAGAAAGUCCAGUUACAACUCCACAGUUCUAUUCAGCUUCGUUUCUUGGAGAUACGUAUGAAGUAGUGAAACAUGUUGGUGCUAGAUACCCAGAAGCUAAUCUAUAUGCUGUUGGUUGGUCUUUGGGUGCAAACAUUCUUGUUCGAUAUCUUGGUAAAGAAUCUCAUGCUUGCCCCCUUUCUGGUGCGGUGUCAUUGUGCAAUCCUUUCAAUUUGGUCAUUGCUGAUGAGGAUUUCCACAAGGGCUUUAACAAUGUUUAUGACAAAGCUCUUGCUAGAGCCCUCUGUAAAAUAUUCAAGAAGCAUGCUCUCCUAUUUGAAGAUAUGGGGGGUGAAUUUAAUAUCCCCUUAGCUGCCAAUGCAAAAUCUGUCAGGGACUUUGAUGAAGGAUUAACACGGGUUUCAUUUGGUUUCAAGUCGGUGGAUGACUAUUACUCUAAUUCAAGCAGUUGUGACUCGAUAAAACAUGUUAAAAGACCAUUGCUCUGCAUCCAGGCUGAAAAUGAUCCAAUUGCACCAUCUAGGGCAAUUCCUCGAGAAGAUAUCGAGGAAAACCCAAAUUGCAUGUUGAUAGUGACACCCAAAGGUGGCCAUUUAGGGUGGGUUGCGGGUGCUGAGGCUCCAUUGGGAGCUCCUUGGACUGAUCCUGUGGUGAUGGACUUUCUCGAGUAUUUGGAACGAGGUGCAUCCAAAACUGGCAAAUUUUUGGGUGACUCGGAAGCUGUGCAGCGUAGUUCAGGGGAGUUGCAUCAUAUAGAAGUGUAGCAGGUAAACUAUUACGAAUCACCCAUUCUUGGCUGGCCAUAUUAUUUGUGGUAUAAUCAAUUUGAUUGUAACAAUAAGCUCAAUGUAGUAUUCCCGAUUCUUUAUUUUCAUACUACACUGUCGUAUCCAGAGGAACUUGUAUACAGACAUGGUGAUGAAGGUUGAUUUGUACAAUGUAAUUUUUUUGGAGAUCAAUAAACAAUGAAGUUAAUUUCAGUA